GACGCAUUCUCAGUCGAUGAGAAACCUUCGUUAGAGGGAGACGUACUGCCGGUCAGCUCGUUAAUUUUCUACUUACAAGACUGAGUGCUCCAGUAUCUGUGUUGCAGCUGUGUGUAUGUGUGUAUCAAGAUUCUGAGAGGACGUGUCGUGAAGGGUGUCUGUGCCAGCCGCAUUUGUCACUCUCGAGAUCGCGUUUCGGCAGCCUGAAAUCGAUAAAAGGAAUGUAUCUCUUUUUCGGCAUCCCUUGCUGUAACGUCAGGGUGUGAAAUGGUUAUACGCCAAACAUUUACUAGAAUGACUUAGUAAUUUUUCUACCGUGCGAUUAGUCGGAGUUUUUAGUUGUGCAAGACGAUAUCUGUGCCACUGGCGAGUACAGUCCGGCACCGGCAGCCGAUUUUUGACAGUUCGGAAGUGAAAGUACUUUUUGCAUUUCGUGACAUUUAUUUUACAAGGUGUUUUUCUCAGGUAAUAGGUACCGUUUAUGUGUGAAUUUGUGAAACUGUUGUUUUUAUCGUAGGGACCGAAUAGUUAUCUCGCGAUCUGGCCAUUACUCUCUUGUUGUCGACGGUACAAUUGAACAAAUAAGGAAUAAAGUCUAAUAAUAAGAUAUUAGAGUGAAGUGUGUAGCCGUAGCUUGCCGUGCCUUAAACCGGUUCCAGAGCCUGGAGCCAGCAGGAGCGGAGUGGAGCGAAGCGAGGACAUUGCUGUAGCCGGCCUAGCCAAACACUUACACACGUGAUUGUGAAGUGCAGUGUCCUGUGCAUCAUCGGUUGUGUCUCAACCCGUCACGGAGCGCCUUAUCAACCCUUGUCUGUUGUCAAAGGAUGCUAGGAGGAGAGUGACGGCGCGUGCGGGCGGACCAUGGGCCACGUGUUCGUCCUGCUUCUAGUCGGAGUGAGCAUAGCCUCCGCCGAGCAAGUGGUUCUGCUGGAUACGGCUACAGAGCCCACACUGGAGUGGACACGCUAUCCCUUCGGUCCGGCCGCUAACACGCCAGGGUGGGUCGAGGAGAGUUACACCAACUUCGAGAAGGGGAUCAACUGGCGCUCGUACGUGGUGUGUGACGUAGCCUAUAACAAUGUCAACAACUGGUUGUGGACGCCGUUUGUGGAGCGCGGCAUCGCCAACCGCAUCUACAUCGAGAUCAAGUUCACCAUCCGCGAUUGUUCACUGUUCCCCGGCAACGCACUCUCGUGCAAGGAGACCUUCUCGCUGCUCUACUACGAGUUCGACGCCGCAACUCGCGAGCCACCCCCCUGGGAACCGGAGAGCUACAAACUCAUCGGUCGCAUUGCUGCUGGGGAAGGCAGAUUCAACACAGCCAGCGACAACAUCAUCAACACGGAGACCAAGUCUAUCCCUGUCAACAAGAAGGGAGUGUAUUUUGCUUUCCGGGAUCAGGGUGCCUGCAUCUCUCUCCUGGCUAUCAAGGUUUACUACAUAACGUGUCCAGAGGUAACCAUCAACUUUGCCCACUUCCCCAUGACACCGACAGGCCGGGAGGUAACACUGAUAGAGCAGACAACUGGAACGUGUGUGGACAACGCAGAAGUAAUCGACACCCCGACCUAUCUGUGCAAGGGCGAUGGAAAAUGGUCCCUCCCCACUGGUGGUUGCAAGUGUAAGGCGGGCUUCGAACCCGACUUUGAAAAGCAGACCUGCAAUGUGUGUCCACCUGGCAAGUACAAACAUGCUACAGGAGACGAGCACUGCCAGCCCUGUCCCGCCCACAGCAAAGCAUCAGAUUACGGGCUGGCAGAAUGUCGCUGUAACUCUGGCUACUAUCGCUCACCCAAGGACCUCAAGAGCAUGGCUUGCACUCAACCCCCUUCAGCCCCCCAGAAUCUGACAGUGAAUUUUGUGGACCAGUCUACAGUUAUUCUGUCGUGGAACCCUCCCAGUUUUCUGGGUGGCCGUUCCGACACUGUGUUCCGAGUGGAGUGUGAUGCUUGUGGGCCAAGUGUAAUCUACUCCCCUAACUCGGAGAUAUUCAAUGACACCAAGAUCACCAUAUCCGGAUUGAGUCCUGUGACUACCUACCGGUUUCAAGUGUUCUCAGCAAAUGGUGUAAGUGACAUGACCAAUGAGGCUGGAGACUUUGUGGACAUCACUGUGACUACAGAAGCAUCAGUCAUGUCUGCGUCCGUCAACAACGUGCGCGUUACAUCCGUCAAGGCUGCCGAGAUCACACUUACCUGGGACCCACCCUUCACACCAGAAGCGGACAUGGACUCUCCCGACCAUGUUGAGAUAUAUGAGGUCCGAUACUUUUCUCGUCAUGAUGAAAUCAACGCAACAAGCAAGAUGACAAAAGUAAACCAAAUAGUUAUCAACUCUCUUCGUCAGAGAACUGAGUACGGAUUCCAGGUUCGGGCCAAGACAACUCACGGCUGGGGUGACUUUAGUCAGACUGUCUUCAAGACAACAGGCCAAGUUCUGGGAACAGCUUAUAUAGGAGAUGAGGACAAUAUGCAAGUAAGAAUAAUUGCUGGAGCUACUGUGGCUGUCGUCGUUCUUCUAGUCAUCAUCAUCAUCAUGACGGUUCUAUUCUUAAGAAGCCGAACCAAUGACGAGUGCAACAAAAAACAGCCAAGUGACUGUGAUACCCUGGAGUAUCGGAACGGAGAAGUGCACUGCAGCCUGGAUAACCCACCCAUUGUUACCACCCAUACCAACAGCAUGACUACGCCUCUGUUCACACAAGUGGGGGCGGCCAACUCCCGCACGUACAUCGACCCUCACACAUACGAGGAUCCCAACCAAGCGGUGCGUGAGUUCGCACGGGAGAUAGAUGCCUCUUACAUCACCAUCGAAGCUAUCAUAGGGGGAGGGGAGUUUGGCGACGUUUGUCGAGGAAAGUUGAAGUUGCCCCCCGAUGGCCGGACGGAGAUUGAUGUUGCUAUCAAGACUCUGAAGCCAGGUUCAGCGGACAAGGCUCGCAAUGACUUCCUCACCGAGGCUUCCAUUAUGGGCCAGUUUGAACACCCCAAUGUGAUCUUCCUGCAGGGAGUUGUCACCAAGAGUAAUCCUGUCAUGAUCAUUACAGAGUAUAUGGAGAAUGGCUCUUUAGACACGUUCCUUAGGGCAAAUGACGGCAAGUUCCAAGUGCUGCAGCUAGUGGGCAUGCUGCGAGGGAUCGCGUCCGGAAUGCAGUAUCUGUCUGAGAUGAACUAUGUUCACCGAGAUUUGGCUGCACGUAAUGUCCUGGUCAACGCACAGCUAGUCUGCAAAAUUGCCGAUUUUGGACUGAGUAGAGAGAUAGAGAGUACAACAGAAGGGGCCUACACAACAAGGGGAGGGAAAAUCCCUGUGAGAUGGACGGCGCCUGAAGCAAUUGCUUUCCGGAAGUUCACUUCAGCCUCAGACGUUUGGUCGUUUGGAAUAGUAUGCUGGGAGGUCAUGUCGUAUGGUGAGCGACCAUACUGGAAUUGGAGUAACCAAGAUGUCAUCAAAUCUAUUGAGAAGGGUUACAGGUUACCAGCACCAAUGGACUGUCCGGAGGCUAUUUAUCAGCUGAUGCUGGACAGCUGGCAGAAGGAGCGCACGCACCGGCCGAGCUUUGCGUCAAUAGUCAAGACCCUGGACAAGCUCAUCAGGUGUCCGGAUACCCUUCGCAAGAUCGCCCAGAACAGGACGGCUAACCCAUUAGCGCCUGAUGCGCCAGACAUGACCCAGUUCACAUCCGUCAGUGAUUGGCUCAGUUCCAUCAAGAUGACCAGGUACCUGGAGAACUUUGAGCGAGCCGGGAUCACUAGCAUGGAGGCGGUGGUUCAGCUGACGGUUCAGGAGCUGACGGCACUUGGAAUUACGCUGGUGGGUCAUCAAAAGAAAAUAAUGAACAGUGUGCAAGCGAUGCGAGCUCAGAUAUCCAACCUAUCAGAAGGGUUUCUCGUCUAGUCAUACCCCUAGCACCUACGCGGUGCAGUUCGCCACUCUCUAUACAACGACGUGUAUGACUUGUGAGUGGUUCGGAGUGACAAAUCGACUUUUAUCAUGUGUUUAGCAGCGGUUUAGUGCGACACUGGUAUUUAUGUCUUUCGAGCUGCCGUCAAACGUUAACAAUGUAAUGGUUAUGAAAUGAUUUUGAUAAAGGUAAUAUUGAAAAUGUACAAAACUGUGACUGUACAAGAUUCGUAUCCGAUAACUGUAAUUGGAGACUGGUAAUUAUGUGUCCACAUGGAAACACAUUCCAUGACUAUAUUAUUAUAUAUUUUAUGGAACUACUUUAUAUCUCAAAUUGGAGUUUCAUUAUAUAUAGAUGUGUACUGUGAUAAAGAGUCCACUGUAUAUUUUUUGUACAUUUGGCAGUACUUAACAGAAUUUUGUUUAGUUUGUAAUCAAACGUUAAUUGUGUCAAUAUCACUAUUAUACCUCGAGGAAGAGUUUGUUUGUGAUAGUAGUCAAUGAUGAUAUUAUUUUAAUUUCUGAGUUCGAUAUGGAAUUAAAAUUAAUUAUGUUAAUUUUAUAAAUAUAUAAAUAUGGUGUACAUUAUGAGCGUUUAAUUUUGUAAUCGUAUAUGUUUUAUAGGAGAAUUGUAUAGUGAAGCGAAACGAUUCCGUAUAGAGUGUAAUUAUUUGUUAGAGACCUAGAACAUCUCAAUGAAUGGAUGUGUGUGUAUUGCAAUGUUUUAAUAUUAAAAGCAAUAACAGUUUGUACUUGAGAACCGUUUUAUUUAAAAGUUAUUUAUUUGUAGAAUGUAUAUUAACUAUACACAUAAAUUGGUAAAUAACUUAACCUUUUUGAUAUGUACUUAUUGUAAUUAUUGACUAGUAAUUUGUGAACCUUUACUUAAAAUUGUGUUGUUUUUUAUUUAGUUUUUUGUAGGUUUUGACUUUACCCUUCCAACAAAAGCACAUGUUUGGGUUCAUUUCAUUCUAAUCAUGGUUUUAUUUAAUUAUUACUCUGAACAUUUAAUCUUAUAUACAAUCCAUUGAUUUAGAAACUGAAUAAUAUAACUUUAUGAACUCAAUAAUUCAACAAUAAAGUUAAAAUAAUGUAAGACUACAAAAUCAACAUAAAAUCAUCUUUAUCAUGCAACAUAAUGUGUACUUCAAAUAAACUUACCAAUAUAAUUAAAGGUCUAGUUACAAAUUCAUAUCUAUAUGUUAUAAAACAAUUGAAAUAAAUGGAAAAUUAAUUACAAAGUAGAUAUUAAAGAAAUACAAUCUGAAGUGAAAUUAGGAAUUAAUCAGCUGUUUGAAUAUAAUGUUAACCUAGCUAUUACUUUUUUAAAUAUUGAUUCUCCGUUUUUAUCAAUAAACAAUAAUUUUAAAAUUUCUAAAUCAAGUUAGUUAAAAAAUUCAAGUUAGUUUUGCUUUGAAUGUUCGUACUUUUUGUUGAACUAUAAUAAUAAUUUGAAAAUAAAACCAUCCCAUGUAGAGUCCUGAAUAAGUCCAAGAAUUUGUUAUGUACUCUGUAGUGGACUAUUACAAUCGCAUGUAAUAGUUUAUAAAUUUUUGGCAUAUGUAAAACAAAUACUUCAUUAUAAUAAAAAAUAACGAUAUAUAUUGAUUUAAAUAUAAUGUAGUAGGUUGCAUUCAGAUCUUUUGAAAUUUAAUAUUGUAUUCUGUCUUAGUCAAUCGAAUAUGUCAUUUUUAAUUUUAAUUUGUGAAAGAUUAUUAUGUCUAGCAAUUGCAGCAUAACAUCUGGAAUUGAUUUGUCAGUAUACUGACUGAAAUAAGUGUACUGAAAGUGAAGUAAGCUAGUAAGUUAGUAUUAUUUGUUUUUCUGCACUACUAUACUAAUGGGAUAGUCUCCUCAUGUGGUAAAGGGUAAAUAUGACUCGUUUAUAUUUUCCAACUAUUGUAGUGAUUGAGUUGUGUUUCAAGAAUCCGAUUUCCAUAUUUGACCAUAGAAAUAAAAUCGAUAUUCCUCUCAGAUGGAUUUUGACCAAAUUGUGACUGAAAAAAUGUCAUCUAA